CGAGUUUGAAGGUGGGUCCGGUGAGGCGGUGGCGGGCGCGGCCUCCUCGUCCUCUGACGCUGCGGCGAGCAGCCAUGUCGGAGGCGUAUUUCCCCGUGGAGUCGGGCGCUCUGGGACCCGAGGAGAACUUCCUGUCUUUGGAUGACAUCCUAAUGUCCCGGGAGAAGCUGCCGGUGCGCGUGGAGACGCCCAUGCCGCGCCUGGGCGCCUUCUUCCUGGAGCGAGGCGCGGGCGCCGAGUCGGACUACGCGCUCCCUCAGGGAACAAAACUUGAGCUUCCCUUGUGGCUGGCUAAAGGACUCUUUGACAACAAGCGGCGCAUCCUUUCUGUGGAAAUUCCCAAGAUAUACCAAGAGGGAUGGAGGACUGUGUUCAGUGCAGAUGCUAAUGUCGUGGACCUCCACAAAAUGGGGCCCUAUUUCUAUGGUUUUGGCUCCCAACUUCUGCAUUUUGACAGUCCAGAGAAUGCAGAUAUCUCCCAGUCUCUGCUGCAGACUUUUAUUGGACGGUUCCGCCGCAUCAUGGACUCCUCCCAGAAUUCUUACAAUGAAGACACUUCAGCACUGGUAGCCAGGCUAGAUGAGACAGAGAGAGGCUUAUUUCAAAUAGGGCAGAAAGGGCUGAAUGACUUUCAGAGUUGGGAAAAGGGUCAGGCUUCUCAGAUCACAGCAUCCAACCUCGUUCAGACUUAUAAGAAGAGAAAAUUCACUAAUAUGGAAGACUGAAAGUGGAAACGAACUACAACUUGUGGAUUUAUCUCUGUGUCCCUGAUAAAACCUAGUUAACUUCAUGGGUGACCCAACUGUGUCUUGCUUCAGGGCUUUUAACCUUCAGCAAUCUCCGAGCUUGGAACUGUUUGGUUGGGGGCAGAUGUGGAUGCCCUUGAUCCUGGACUUUAGUUACCUGCUGUUCCACAGCAUAGGCCUUUUGACACAAGAAUGCAGCUGAGGAGGAGCCAGAAUCCAUCUUAAAUAAGGGUCAUGGACAUAUACAUAGUCAAGUAGGAAUUGGGAUUCCUCUGGUGUCUGAUCUCAUUGGCUGCAAAGGACAAGUAGAAAGUGGGUCAUCAGCCGGGCGUCGGUGGCGCACGCCUUUAAUCCCAGUACUCGGGAGGCAGAGGCAGGCAGAUCUCUGUGAGUUUGAGGCCAGCCUGGUUUCCAGAGCAAGUGCCAGGAUAGGGUCCAAAACUACACAGAGAAACCUUGUCUCAAAAAACCAAAAAAAAAAACCACACACACACACACACAGAAAGUGGGUCAUCUCUGCCUGUUCAUGAAUUUCUCUUAAGCUUAUUUGCCUUGCCUUCCUCAUGGUUGGACAAAGGACAGCAUCCCCACCAUGCCACCUACCUGCUGGGACUUACCCCAAUUUCCAAAACAGGAAAUUGGGAAGAAAAGGGAAAGUCAUGAAUGGCAUAGCAGAAGAAGACAUUGAGCUUUUGUGUCCUGUAUGUAAUCAGGGCUUUUGAACUAAAAUCACAUCCCUCCAGUCCACCCAGAGGGGCCAUGUAGAGCACUGACACACUUGUUCCAUUCCCCGUCUAGAAAAGCUGUCAGGGAGGUGUUAGGAGUUGAAAAGUAGUUAUUUAAGGGUGUUUCCCAGCCUUUGUAAUCUUUGCAUCAGGGGCUUAUACAUGAAGAGCCCCAGCUGAAAAACAGCCUGGCAAGUGUUAGCAGGUUACAAUUUUUUUCUCCAGGGAAUACUGAAACAUUAAUGCAAAGAAGACCCUGGCCACUUAGUAAGAAUCUGUUUAAACUCACCAGAGAGAUGAGUUCUCCAGACCCUAGGCUGUCACUGUCAAAAACCUCAUUUCCUAAGGCCAUUUGGAUUGAAUUAUGGAGAAAUUUAGGUGUCCAGAUCACACAGAUAUUGUAAUGGAUUCUUAAAGUGACAGAGAUGCAUUUAAAUUCCUGUCUUAGCACAAAAUUGUUUUUAUCAUUUGUUUUAUCAUUUUAUCAUUCUAAAUAAAUGAUGGGCUUUGCACUUUGUA